AUGGUGAAGGGCACCCGGAGCCCCCCUUUAAGCAUCCAUAGCAGAAUAGACCCUAGGCAGAGGAGCAAGCUUAAACCUUAUCGUGCUAUCCGACUUGUAUGUUACAAGCAUUUCAUAUUCGUAACUGAUCCCUUCCUAGGGAAAGGUGUGUUCCAAUGGCAAAAAAAGAGGCCAGCCGGGAAGCAGGAUAGAAGUUGUACUAUUGUCGCGAAACCUCCUUCCUUCAGCCGUUCUAACAGUGGAAAAAAGCGCGAUGAUAAUUGCCCUAAAGCAUUUCCCGAGAGUGAAGGUAAGUAUCCUGCUUUAGGUCUUACGGUUUUAGGGCUUCAGGCCCGCAAGUCGCUGUCUACCCGAUUGACGGUCUUCCAGUUCACGUUCUUUGGUUCCUUCAAUAUGCUCUUAGAACCGAUUGGAAGGAGCGGAGCCACUCUUUUUAUACUUACUUACUAUGGGCGGGGAUGCUUUUUGAAACGAGUGAAUACGAGAGCUUCCAAGCUUGCAUUCCGGGAAUUGGACUGGCUUAAACAGGAUGACUCCGCCGCCCACUCGUACCUUGAAGUAGAGCCUUCCCCAAGGCUCUGUCAAGACCUCCGAUCGGGGGAAUCAUGA